GCCAUGCAGUUCACGGCCAGCGUGCUGCAGCCGAAGAAGCAUGAAGAAGACGGGGGGACCACAGAUACAGCCACCAUCCUGUCCAACCAGCACGAGAAGGACAGCGGCGUGGGGCGCACCGACGAGAGCACGCGCAAUGACGAGAGCUCGGAGCAGGAGAACAACGGCGACGACGCCCUCGCAUCGUCCACCCCGCUGGCCGGGCAGAGGAAGCUCACGUGCAGCCAGGACACCCUGGGCAGCGGCGACCUGCCGUUCAGCAACGAGUCCUUCCUGUCGGCCGACUGCGCCGACGCCGACUACCUGGGCAUCCCCGUGGACGAGUGCGAGCGCUUCCGGGAGCUGCUGGAGCUCAAGUGCCAGGCCAAGAGCAGCAGCCCCUACGGUCUGUACUACGCCAACAGCCCGCUGGACGCCAGCAAGAGCGACCCCGAGAGCGUGGACAAGGAGCUGGAGCUGCUGAACGAGGAGCUGCGCAGCAUCGAGCUGGAGUGCCUGAGCAUCGUGCGGGCGCACAAGAUGCAGCAGCUCCGGGAGCAGUACCGCGAGUCGUGGAUGCUGCACCACAGCGGCUUCCGCAACUAUAACACCAGCAUCGACGUCCGCAGGCACGAGCUGUCGGACAUCACCGAGCUCCCCGAGAAAUCUGACAAAGACAGCUCGAGCGCCUACAACACGGGCGAGAGCUGCCGCAGCACCCCGCUCACCCUGGAGAUGUCCCCCGACAACUCCCUGAGGAGGGCGGCAGAGGGCAGCAGCUGCGCCGGUAGCGAGGGGGCCGCGGGGGCCGCGGAAGCCUACGGGCCGUCCCCCAAGAACCUGCUCGCCAUCACCGAAGACCCCGAGGGGGGCAGCGCCAGCAGCUACAGCCCUCCCCCGCCUCGAGAGCUGGAGCCCGGGCCAGCCCCAGAGAGCAGGGAGCGGAGGCCCAGCGACGACAGCGGGAGCCCCGGCCCCGGCCCCAAGCUGGGCGGCUCCUACCUGUCGCCCUUCCCGCACUCGCCAUACAAACACGCGCACAUCCCGGCGCACGCGCAGCACUACCAGAGCUACAUGCAGCUGAUCCAGCAGAAGUCGGCCGUGGAGUACGCGCAGAGCCAGAUGAGCCUGGUGAGCAUGUGCAAGGACCUGACCGCGGCCGGCCCGCCGGAAGCCAGGAUGGAGUGGAAGGUGAAGGUGCGCAGCGACGGCACGCGCUACAUCACCAAGCGGCCGGUGCGCGACCGCCUGCUGCGCGAGCGCGCGCUCAAGAUCCGCGAGGAGCGCAGUGGCAUGACCACCGACGACGACGCCGUGAGCGAGCUGAAGCUGGGCCGCUACUGGAGCAAAGAGGAGAGGAAGCAGCACGUGGUGAAGGCCAAGGAGCAGAGGCGCCGGCGCGAGUUCAUGAUGCAGAGCCGGCUGGAUUGCCUGAAGGAGCAGCAAGCGGCCGACGACAGGAAGGAGAUGAACAUCCUGGAACUGAGCCACAAGAAGAUGAUGAAGAAGAGGAAUAAAAAGAUAUUUGACAAUUGGAUGACAAUCCAAGAACUCUUAACCCACGGCACAAAAUCACCCGAUGGCACGAGAGUCUACAAUUCCUUCUUAUCCGUGACUACUGUAUAAUUUUCACUUGUGCGUUGUGUACAUAAAAGAGAACGCUACCGUUGGGGUAGAAAUUCCUGCCUCGUUCAAUGCGGCAAGUUUUUGUAUAUAAGAUAAAUACGGUCAUCCUGUUUAUAGUCACGAUUGGCCAACGCGGCAACUCUGGGUGUCGAUAGCUCUAUUUUAAGUGGAGAAAAACCACCCUUAACUACUUUGGAAGGCAAUAUUAACAAACAGAGCUUUUUUCAAAUAGCAAUUGUACUUUUUUACUUGCUACCUUUUACAUAAAGUGUUUAAAUUUCAAAAAGAUCCUUUAUUAAGCAUACUUUCACAGAAUAAUUUGUUUAAACUAUAUUCAUAUAAAAAAGUUAAACACGCUUUUUUUUCCUGCCGAAAAUACAAAUACAACUGCCAGUGUGUAUUUUUAAUGGAACCCUAUUUUAUAAUGUUACUUUGUUGAAUGUGUUUCAUAUGAGUGACCAUUAAUAUAUAAUUUAGGUCAAGGCUUCAACUCAAAACUCCCAAACUGUGUGGUUCAGGAUUUAAUGCACAUAACCAAACCAGCAGUGUUUAGAGUUGGGAUAUACAUUUAAACAUUUUUUUCUGGUUAAAGUUCCCAAGAGCGUAAAGGUUUCACCAGAAAGCAAAAUGUCAUGCAGCUUUAUGGAAGCUUAAAGCAUGUUUGCAAAUAUUGCGGCCCGACAGAAGAAUUUGCAUGUACAGGAAAGUUGUGGAUGGAGGUGGUUUGUGGAAUUUUAAGUGCUCAUUGUAGUAAACCUUUGCUUUGUAGAUUUGAAGGGACAGAGUUUUACAAGCAAGCUCACGAAAUCAUGAUUAGUUACAAACAUUAAGUAAAACAAAGUUAAAAUAAAUUAUUUUCUAUUUG